AUGGCAACGCAACGUGUAGGCAUCAUAAGGAACCAUAGUGAAAAAUGGACUAUAAGAUUAUACAAGUUCAUUGAAGAAUCUCGGUGUUGGAACCAUAGCUAUGGGAGAGCAUAUAUUGGAAUGUUGAAAGCAUGGGAUCUAGGGUUCACACAGCUUGAAGUAGAGAUAGACAGUCUGGAUGCGAUCCGCCUGAUCAAAAGCAAAACUGUCAGGCAAGGCACACCUUCAGUCAUGCUACACAUUCGUGUGUUAGAGAAAAAAGAAUGUAACGUGCAAUUCCAGCAUGUUCCUCGCGACGGUAAUCAAACAGCCGACAAGUUGAUCGAAGUUGCGAUCUUCAGAUCUAGAGGUGUACUGUCUCCCCACACCACAACCAGACGUGAGAAGACUGCUCCAUGA